CUUCUUCAACCCUUAAAACCACAACCGCAAAACUAAAACCUCAAGUUACAGUUAAUAGUUCAGCGAGUUUCAAAGAUAUCGUUCGGCGCUGCCUCCGUCUACGGUGGUCGUAAUCCUAACCCUAACCGCCAAACAUGGCUGACAUAGUGCAAUACAAGUUGGAGCGCAUGGUCGAUGAGCUCGAAGAUCUCGAGCAACGCGGUCUAUUCAACCGGCGGGAGAUCGCCGAGAUCGUGAAACAGAGACGAAAGUACGAAUACAGGUUGAAGAGACCGUGUCCAUUGAAGCAAGACUUCAUAGCUUACAUAGAGUACGAGACUCAGCUCGAUGCUCUCCGUAGACUCCGAAAGAAAUCGGUGGCGCGUGAAUUGAAGAAACAAGGGAAUAAGAAUGUGAAGAAAUCGAAAUCUGAUUUGGCAGGAUUGGUUAGGAUUAUGGAUAUCUAUGAACUCGCUUUGAAGCGUUACAAGGGUGAUAUUGAUCUCUGGUUUCGUUACCUUGAAUUUUGUAGGGUUAGAAAAAAUGGCAGAAUGAAGAAGGCACUUGCAAGACUUGUUAGGUUACACCCGAAGGUUCCGGGUGUUUGGAUUUAUGCUGCAGCUUGGGAAUUUGAUCGUAACUUGAAUGUUGUGGCUGCUCGUGCUUUAAUGCAGGCAGGUCUUAGAGUUUGCCCAAAAUCAGAAGAUCUUUGGGUGGAGUAUCUUCGGAUGGAACUCACAUUACUUAACAAGUUAAAGGCUAGGAAGGUUGCCUUGGGUGAGGAUGAGGGAACUCUGACUCGUGAUCCUAGAACUGCUGAGGAAAAACAAUGGAGAGAAGAAAACAAAGAGUUAUUUAUGACCCUUGAUGAGAAAGAGGAAAACGAUGAAGCAAACGUUGAUCCAGAUGAAUCAAAGAAGAACCAAGAAUUAUUUGCUGAGCAUGGUAUGAACAUUUUUCGAACUGUCUAUGGUGGAGCGAUUGAAGCCGUCCCUUCGAGUCUCAGUCUUAGAAAGAAAUUUUUUGAAAUAUUGAAGGGAACAAACUUAUCACAUUGUGAAGAUAUGUGCGAGGAGUUACUGAACGACAUGAAGAGGGAUUUUUCAACUGAACCAGAGUUCUGGGAUUGGCUCGCCAGACAAGAAUGUAAUCUCGAAACUGUUCACGAGAUUAGCGAAGAAAAUAGAAUUCUUCAGGUGCAAAAGGCAAUUCAGGUUUAUGAGGAGGCUUUGAAAAGUGUGCCUUCAGGAACUAUGUUUAGUUUGUAUGCAAAUUUUCUAAUGGGUAUUGUAGCUUCUAAAGAUGAAGAAAUCAAUAUAGCGGGGCCAUAUAUAUCACAACUCCUGUCAAUAUAUGAAAGGGCUGAGAGCAUGGGAAUCAUUACUGAAGAUCUUGCUUGCAAGCACGUGUCCUUACAUUUGCAGUUGAGACAAUUGGAUGAGGCGAGGAAACUGGUAGCAAAGCUUUGCAGUGGAAAACUUGCAGAUUCAGUGCAGUUAUGGGAAUUAAGGAUUAGUAUCGAAAUUAGACGCAUCACACAAAGUUCUUUGCCCAGUGAUACUGAUUUGUUAUCCCUUUUUGAACUCCUUAGACAAAUUUUGACCAAAGUUCAUGUUUCAAAAUCAGAGAACUUGUGGCUAGAGGCCCUUAAAUUCUACGCAAGUCAAAGACAGUACUUUGACAAACUGGUGGAGAUUUCUGUUCUUUCUUUGGCCAGAGAUGGUGGUAGUGAAAGUGGAUUUUCACUUUCGUCUGCCAUUGUAAGUUUUAUACUUGAAAAAGAUGGAAUUCACAAGGCCAGAGAUAUCUAUAAAAGAUAUCUAGCUUUACCACAUCCCGGCAUUGUAUUAUAUAGAAAGUGCAUUGAGCUGGAAGCAAACCUUGCAUCAGUAGGAGAUAAGAAUAGUCUCGCAAAUGCCAGGAAAUUAUACGAAUCUGCACUAGCUACUUAUGACCAAAAUGUUGGCUUGUGGCAAGAUUACUAUCACAUGGAGUCCAAGAUGGGAACAACACAAAAAGCUACUGCUAUCUAUUGGCGCGCCAGGAAAACACUUAAAGAUGCUAGUGAAUUUAUUGCUUCUCCAGAUUUAUGAUAUAAUUUGUAAAUUAAGACCAUGGCUAUUGGCAUUCAAUUUUGACCACAUUAAUUUUCAAAAAUUUGUUCUCUUUGACAAUUCUAGCUAGACUUAAAGUGUUUUUCCUUCUCCAGUGAGGAUGGAGCUUCCUCUGUAUGCUUGCUUCACAGGUAUAGGUAAGGAUGGCUAUGUUAAAUGUAUAAUAUAUAUUCUUAUAUACACUGGAGCCGGUGCAUUAAGAGUUUUUUGAAUUUGA